AUGUUUACAAAAUUCUUUAGUAUUACUUUAAUUUAUUUAUUCAAUUUUAUCAAAGCUUGCCCUUUAAUUGAAACAAAUUUGGAAUUUGAUGUUUUGGGUUCUGGUUUUCAUCGUCAAAUCUUCAUUUCUUCACAUUUGUCAAGUAAAAAUAGAUUAAUUGGCUGUGUUCUCUCCUAUCGUUUUGAAAUUCCUCCAGGAGCUUAUCUCAAUUUGAGAAGUUUAAAACAUCAUUUUAAUCAGAGAAAUAUUUCUUCCACAAAACAUUGCAUUUUUUCAUCUUUUGAUUUUGAUGUAGAAAAGCCAUAUAAUUCAAAUAGCGAAUCUCCUCAAUAUUCUUCAAUAAUUAUUUUUAUUAAUUCAAAUAAAUUCCCAACAAAGUCAUUUUUAUUGAACGAUUAUUUUUAUUUGCCUGUCAAGAUUCGUUAUCACAGUCCUGAUCCUAAAGGAAUAAAUUUAAAUGCAGAUAUUAAAUUUAAAGCUCCAAAUGUUUUCCUUCAUUGUACAGAGAAUAACGAAACUUUGUUAAAUGACAUAAAUUGUAAAAGGCUUAUUCAACAAAUCCCUUCAGAAUGUGGUCUUCUAACGAAUUCUAAAAAUAUUUCUGCAUUUUCACUAUUCCACAAAAAAGAGGGAAAAUUUAAAAUAAUACAAAUACCUGUAGGAAAUCAAUUAAAUUUAUUUUUUGUUUGUUUUGUGACUUUUUGUGUUAUUAUUUUUUGUACAAUAAUUAUUGCAAGAAAAACAAUUUUAACUUAA